AUGCUCGCCGGAAAGACCGGCUCCGGCAAGAGCAGCUUCGUCAGGAUGCUUGGUGGCCUCGACGUUAAUGGAAACGAGCCAGUUUCCGAUGGCGGGCUCGAAUCCUGCACGACGAAGCCUACGACCUACGUGACCAGGUACAACGGCCGCACUGUGCUGCUCCUGGACACGCCGGGUUUUGAUGACUCGGCUCUCGACAAUCUCGCGAUCCUCACCGAUAUCGUGUCGAACCUCUACAUAUGGGCGCUGCAAGACAAGGAGAUACACACGCAUGGCGUGGUCUUCCUUCACGACAUCAGCGAGACACGCUUCGGCGGCAGCCAGCAGAAGACGCUGCAGCUACUCAAAAGCAUGUGUGGGCCGGAGGCGAUGGGGAAUGUCAUCAUCGGGACGACAAUGUGGUCCGAUAACGGGACGAAGCGCCAGGCACAGACAAUCAGAGUGCCGGACGGUGAUGAGGAUGUGGCGAAAUCGAUUAUAGGGGACUUGUUGGCGAGGCCGCCGACAAAGCUGCUGGUGCAGACAGAGCUGCUGAUACCGCCACAUACGUGUGAGGCGACGACGGUGGGGAGGAUCGCGAUACCCGAGGGGAAGCGGGAGGCUGAGAGGUUAGCAAAGGAGAUGGAGGAGCAGAAGCUGGAGGCUGAGAGGCUAGCGAAGGAGAAGGAGGAGCAGAGGGAGAAGGAGAGAGUAGAGGAUCGCAAGAGAUAUGAGGAGGAACAAGAGAGAAGCAGGAAGGAAAUGGAAGAUCGUCUUGAGGAAGAGCAAAAAAAAAAUGCUGAAGAGCGGGAAAAAAGAGAGGAGGAGCAUCAGAGGGAACGUGAGGAGUACGCAGAGAAGCAAAGGAAGGAAAGGGAGGAGUACCAAAGGAAGCAGGAGGAAGAUAGAGAAAGGUAUGAGAGAGAAAGGGCUGAGGAUAGAAGGAGACAAGAUGAGGCGAUUGCAGCGGCAAAUAGAAGAGCCGAGGAAGCGAUAAGGCGUGCCCAGGAGGAGCUCGACGACGACGGCUGGUGCCCAAUCAUUUUCCGUCUUGUCACAAUGAUUGUAGGGAAGGCGCUUGGGGUUUUAUAA